CUGUAAACAGCAGCAGAGGUGGAUUUUAGUGUCGAUGCCUUUUUUUUAUUAUUAUUUCAUUUUUAAUUUAAACAGGCAGUGUUUACUGACUUUUUUUUUAAUGUGUCUCAAAAAAAAAAAAAAAAAAAGUUGUCGUUGGAGCCAUGGUUACUCAUUGAUUAACGUUACUGUGUAGUUGUAGGGACCAUUAAGACCAUGAUUAAGUGUCUGCCUGGAGACGUGCAGGGGAAGCUCCGCUCCGGGGUCGCCCUCCCCUCCAUGCAGCAGUGUGUAGAGGAGCUCACACUGAACAGCAUCGAUGCUGAGGCCACCUGUGUGGGGGUGAGGGUGGACAUGGAGGCCUUCAGGGUCCAGGUGGUGGACAACGGGGCUGGGAUCAAUGAAGAGGAUGUGGAGCAAGUGGGAAACAGAUACCACACAAGCAAAUGCAGCUCUGUGGAAGACCUGGACAACCUCAGGUGGUUUGGCUUCAGAGGAGAAGCCCUGGCCAGUGUCGUCUCUCUCUCCAAACUGGUGGAGAUCUCAACCAGGACCAGAUCAUCAGUGAAAACCCACGUGAAGAUCUUCAAGGACGGCAAGGGCAUGGAUGUGUUUGAAGCAGAGACCGCUCGGCCCUCCUCGGGGACGACUGUUGUGGUUUGUGACUUCCUCCACAACAUGCCAGUCCGGAGGAAGAGGAUGGAUGCCGUCCUGGAGGGUGAGAGGAUCAGACACAGGGUGGAGGCCGUCUCCCUGAUGCAUCCCGCUGUGUCUUUCACCCUGAAGAACGACUGCACAGGAGCCAUGAUGGUGCAGCUUCCUAAAGCCAGAAACACCUACCACCGGUUCGUUCAGAUACACGGCCUCGGGCGAGCACAGACUCUUGGAGAAAUCAGCUACAGACGUGGACAGUUUGAAGUGCUCGGUUACAUUGGCAGAGAAGGCCACUACAAUAACAGCUUACAGUUCUUGUAUGUGAAUGACAGACUGCUCCUGAAAACAAGGAUACACAAGCUCCUGAACUUUCUCCUUCGCAGACUGAACAGUCCAGACAGGGAGUCCGCCAUCAGGAGUCCAAAGCACAAACGAAGCCAAGAACUGCAUGGAGUAUACGUCAUCAAUAUCAAGUGCCCUUACUCAGAGUAUGACGUAUGUCUUGAGCCUGCCAAAACUCUGAUAGAGUUCAAAGAUUGGGAUGGACUUUUGCUGUGUAUAGAGGAGGCAGCGAAAGCUUUCCUGACCAAAGAGAACUUGGUGGCUGUGCUUUCUCACGAUGACUUGGACGAUCCCAAAUUGUUUGGCACUGACACUGACAAAGAGGGGCAUAACACGGGCUACGGCGGCCAAGCAACUAGCAGAGCUUCCUCGCUAGAUUGCACUUUUGGAAUGAAACUGGCAUCUGAUCCUGUUCAUCGAAAACGCAAAGAUGAAUGUGUAUAUGAGGACAAUGUAAGUCAGCAGUGUGGUCAGACAGAAUGCAAUGACAAGACUGAAGAAGAGCAAAAGAUAACUGCAAAUGAAUUGGAAAAGAUAAAUAGUGAAGAAAGCAUAAACAAAGAAUUUAGAUCUGAACCACUGUGUGAUCAGGCUAGACUUGAACCUACAUCUGAUAAUAGCAUUACUGAGGAAGAGGAGCCUACUUUUUGUGAAGAUGGGGAAGGCACUCAGGUGUUGUGUUUGUCAAAUUCAGUCAGACAAAUAGAAAGUGAAAAACUGGAACCCCCAACAGAAAAAGAGAUCCCAUUAAACACUACUACCUCCACCAGCAGUGUGAUUCCACUAGACCGCAUCUAUCAACAAAUUCAACCUGAUUUAAACAGUAUUGAGCAAAUAUUACCUGACUGCCCGGGUGCAGGAGGACCAGAAUUUACUUUAAUAAGGAACAAAAGGAUCAGCCUGUCUGAUCCAUACAUUCAUGAAAAUCCGCAGACGCAGGACCUGUCCCAAAUCAACAAGUCAGUAUUUCAGCAACAAGUUAUAGUGCAGAAAUGUGAAGAGAGAUCCUUUGCAUCAAAACGCAAAAUCUCACUGUGCGCAGGCCAUGACAGAACCAGUCAGAAACCAUCCGACAACAUAAUUCCCUCAAAGAUUCACAGAAUUUCAACUUGUCAAAAGUUGUCUUUAUGUAAGGAGUCUGGAUCCCUUGAGAAGUUUAGAAGAGUAUAUGGUCAAGCUGAUGAACUGAAAUUACACUCUCUAGAGAAUAAUACUAGACUUCCUCAGACAGACGGCUUUGUUUUGAAUUCCCAGAAUGUGUCUGUUUGCCAGAAAGACCAGCAAGAUGGUGGUGUGAAAGAAACAGAAAAAGAAGAGAAAUGCAGCAGCCUCCAAAGCCCUCUAAACCUCUCAGCAUUCGCCAAGUUAAAACCAGUCCCAGUGCCGAAAACAGGCAAAAUAUCUUUGGCAGCUAAACUCUUCCAUUUCAAACAACACAGGACAGAAAAUUCAAAUGUAUUACCACACCAGGACAAUACCUGUCUCAGUAGUGGUAAUGAUGGCAGCCAAGACGGCAAUAACAACGAGAAUCACUGCGACACUGCACUGAAUCCUGAGCCAGUCCAAGGUUGUCGUGAAAAUCCUGUACUGGUUGAAAGUCAAGAGGAUACAACAUCAGGGGACUGGCUUCAUCACUACGAUACAUCUGUGGGAAAGAUAGUUUAUGUCAACAAAGUGACUGGGCUCAGCCGGUAUGAAGACCCGGCUGCUGAAGAAACACACGCUUGCUGUACAUCUGAUGUCACCAAUAUGGCAGUUGGUGUCAUCUCUGAAAUGGGGAUGGAAUACAGAUGUUACCCAUUUCAGGUGGAUCUAGUGUUGCCCUUCCUCCCUAAAUCCAGGACAGAGAGAGUGAUUAGUUUAGGGCUUGAUGACAGAGAUGAAAGUGUUGAGAGGUCCAACUCACUGAAGUCGUUGUACUCCAAAUGGAAUAAUCCCGUGUUUGUCUGCCCUCCUACGGUUGGUGUGGACAUAUCAAGUGGGCAAGCCGACGGUCUGGCUGUCAAAAUCCACAACAUCCUGUUUCCGUACCGUUUCUCUAAGGCCAUGAUUCACUCAAUGAAGGUUAUUCAUCAGGUGGAUAAGAAGUUUCUUGCAUGUCUUAUCAAUACGAAGGAUGAGGAGUCUGCAGCACUCACUGAAACUGAAGGAAACCUUCUGGUGCUGGUAGAUCAACACGCUGCACACGAGAGAGUUCGACUUGAAAAUCUAAUUGCAGAUUCUUAUGAGGAUGACCCAGAUGCACCUGGAGAGAGACGUCUGUGUUCAUCAACCAUUUUGCCACCUCUCGAGAUCAGUGUAACCGAGGAAGAGCAAAGGCUGCUAAGGUCUUGUGAAGCACAUUUGCGGAGUUUGGGCCUGGAAGUAAAGUUUUCACAGGCAGCGAAUCCACAAGCUUUGAUAGGAAAGGUACCGCUGUGCUUCAUGGAAAAGGAGAGUAAUGAGCUCAGACGGGGGAGACAAUCUGUUAUCAAGCCUAUUGUUAAGGAGUAUCUUCAAGAGCAGAUUGAGUUGCUCCGCUCAACUGGUAGAGUAAGAGGAACUCUGCCCCUCACUGUGCUGAAGGUGCUAGCCUCGCUAGCAUGCCAUGGUGCCAUCAAAUUCAAUGACAGCCUGAGUAGAGAUGAAUGCUGCAGCUUGGUGGCAUCCUUGUCCUCCUGCCAGUUGCCCUUCCAGUGUGCCCAUGGCCGUCCAUCCAUUGCUCCCUUAGUAGACACCCUACAUUUGGACAAAGACGAGAAGGUAUUACAGAAACCCAACCUCCAAAAGCUGAGAAGAAUGUAUAAAGCGUGGGAACUAUAUGGAAAUAGAUAAGAGGGCAGGUGAAGUCAUCUGCAAUGGACUGGGAGAGGUGCUCAAGAUGAUUUAGCUUCGCCUCAAGGGGGACCAACUUGUUCGACUGAAGAAACCGCCAAGACAAACAUUAAGGAAGCAGGAGAAGAGUGCAGACAUGCUUGUGAUGAGAGAAGGAUGAUGCUGCUCCUGUCAGACGCAGACUCCUCCCCCUCGCUCUCUUAUCCCUACACUUCCGGGUCGCGUCACGUGACCUCUCCCUCCCCACAUGCCUGGCCUCCUCUUUACCAACUCCGCCCCAAGUAAACAAUUCAGCAUCAUUUCAUUAUGUCUGCCAGCAGCCCUCCAUUCUUAUCUUCGGAGGGGCAGCCCCCCAAGUGCUGAGUUUAUCCAGAUGUCUGUCAGGAGUUAAUGUUUGGUAAAAAAAUAAAAUAAAAAAAAAUAACCUAUAUUUCAUAAAAAUGAAAUAAUGAGAGUACAUUUGGUUGAUCAGCAUGCAAAGAUAAAAUGUUAACAAGUGAACACAGUUUACUUUUUAAAUGGCUUUCAAAAUGCGUCUCUGUGACCUUGUUAUUAAAUGAGCUCUUAUUAUUACAAG